AGAGUAGUAAAAAAAAAAAAGAUCACAAUCUUCUGGAUUAAUUCAAGUUUUUUUGUUACUAUUAUCAAUUAAAAGUAAAAUUUAAAUGGAUGAAAAUGAUGAAAAUGUUAAUAGGCAAGUUGAAAAUAAUCGUCGCAGAAAUGCCAGAAAUAGGCUGAGGCGAGAUGAAAUUAAUAAUCAACAGAAUGCUAGAUAUGCUGCUCGGCAAGCCGCAAAUAAUUUGAAUCAAAAUGAGGACAAUGUCAUUAGGCAAGUUGAAAAUAAUCGUCGCAGAAAUGCCAGAAAUAGGCUGAGGCGAGAUGAAAUUAAUCAUCUUCAAAAUAUUAGAUAUGCUGCUCGGCAAGCUGCUAAUAAUUUGAAUCAAAAUGAGGACAAUGUCAUUAGGCAAGUUGAUAAUAAUCGUCGCAGAAAUGCAAGAAAUAGGCUGAGGCGAGAUGAAAUUAAUAAUCAACAGAAUGCUAGAUAUGCUGGUAGACAUGAAAGAAUGCAUUGUAUAGCAAGAAGUAAUACUAUUCCAGAUUAUAAUUAUUUAGGAGAAAUGAAUCAUAUUUGUCAGCAUUGUGGUGCUAAGAAAUUUCCUGAUGAAACACAUUUUUUAUGUUGCCAUAAUGGAAAGGUAGUUUUGUCUCAACUUUCACCAUUUCCGCAAGAUUUACAAGAUUUAUUUACAGGAAGUUAUGUAGAUCGAAAUGCCAAUGUGAAUUUUCUAAAAUAUAUUCGAAAUUAUAAUGCCUGUCUUUCUUUUGCUUCAUUUACUGCUAAUGUAGUUCAACCCAUGAAUCAUGGGCCGCCAUGUUUUAGAAUAUGUGGUCAGGUUUUUCAUCGUGUUGGUAAUCUUAGGCCAGAUCAAGAUAUUCCUCCAACAUAUUGUCAACUAUACAUUUAUGAUCCACUUGCAGCAAUAAAUUUUAGAAUGCGACAACCUGGUAAUGAUCUUUGCUUAAAUGAUUUAAUGUUUCGGUUGCAAACUAUUAUUAGUGAGGAGAACCCAUUUGCUCUCGCAUUUAAAAACAUGGCUGAAGUGGAAGAUGAAGAAAUUCGCCAAGCAGCUAUAGAAGGUCGCUCAGUCUCAGUUGUAAAAAUGUCUUUACUUGAAGGGCAAGAUAGAUGUCGCUAUAAUCUCCCUUCACAUAAUGAAGUUGCAGUUGUAUUUGUUGGUGAAGAUGGUGCUCCUCCUGCUUCCAGAGAAGUUGUUAUUUACCCGAGAGGUCAUCCUCUUAAAACUAUAUCAAGUAUGUCUGCCAACUUAGAUCCUAUGGUUUAUCCUCUAUUUUUCCCAAGGGGUGAUGCUGGUUGGCAUAAUCAAUUGGUUCACAACCCUGAACGUGCUACAUUGGUUAGAAAUCAUGUUACAUUAUCUCAGUAUUACAAUUAUAGACUUUCGGUUAGACAAAUUUUUUCUUCAAUCUUUUAUGGCAAGAAACUAUUUCAGCAAUAUGCUGUUGAUGCAUAUGUCAAAAUUGAAGGCCAGCGCCUUGCUUUUAUCAGAAAUAACCAAAACAAACUUAGAAGCGAGCAGUAUGAUGCCUUACAUGAACAUGUAGACAACCUUGGAAACGAUCAUAAUGUUAGAGUAGGGCGCGUUGUAGUUUUGCCAUCUACUUAUGUAGGAAGUCCUAGAGCUUUAAAAGAAAACUUUGAAGAUGCUAUGGCUAUAAUUAAAAAGUAUGGUAAACCAGAUCUUUUUAUUACUUUUACCUGCAACCCAAAAUGGCACGAGAUAACUGAAAAUUUAUAUCCAGGUCAAACUGCAAAUGAUAGACCUGAUUUAGUUACACGAGUAUUUAAACUCAAAUUAAAUAAUCUCCUAAAUGAUAUUUUUAAGCAUGGUGUAUUAGGGAAAGUCGUAACCCAUGUUCAUGUUAUCGAAUUUCAAAAGCGUGGUUUACCACAUGUUCAUAUUUUACUUCACUUUGCCACUGAUGACAAGCUGGAGACAGCACAGGAUAUCAAUAGUUUAAUAUGUGCUGAAAUUCCAGAUCCAAUUAUAAAUCGUGAACUUUAUGAUGUUAUUAAAACUUGCAUGAUUCAUGGCCCAUGUGGCAUACUGAAUCCAAAUUCUACCUGCAUGAAAGAUGGGGUGUGCAGCAAAAAUUAUCCUAAAGAAUUUAAUGCCAACACAGUAGUAGUUCAUAAUGGUUAUCCUCGCUAUAGGCGUCGUGAUAAUGGUUUGGUUAUCAAUAUUAAAGGCAACAAUGUAGAUAACCGCUGGGUGGUACCUUACAAUCCAUGGUUAUCAAAGAAAUAUCAAGCCCACAUUAAUGUUGAAGCUUGCAUGUCUGUUAAGGCUGUUAAAUAUUUGUACAAAUACAUAUACAAGGGUCACGACUGUGCCAAUAUUUUGAUAAAUGAACAAAUUAAUCAUGAUGAAGUAAACACUUUUUUAGACUGUCGUUAUGUUAGUGCACCUGAAGCAUUGUGGCGAAUUUUUGAGUAUCCCAUAAGUCAUAUGUCACACACUAUUAUCCGUCUUAAAGUUCAUCUUCCUGAGAAUCAAUUAGUGUAUUUUAGAGAAGGAGCAGAACAAAUGGCUUUAGAUCGUGCAGCUCAACGUGAUACACACCUUACAGCAUGGUUCAAGUUAAAUUCUGAAAAUGAAAGAGCACAUUGCUAUUCAUAUGUAGACAUUCCUUAUCAUUUUAUAUUUGAUGAUAAGCUUUGUAAAUGGAAGGUUAGACAAAGAGGUGGUAAUAAGGUGAUAGUAAGAAUGUAUAAAGUUAAUCCAAGUGGAGAAUUAUUUUUUCUUAGGCUGUUACUUUUGCAUGCAAAAGGAGCCAAGUCUUGGGUGGAUGUGCGUACUGUUAAUGGUAUUGUUGUUGAAACAUUUCGUGAAGCAUGCGUUUUAAAUGGUUUGUUACAAGAUGACACUGAAUGGCAAAAUGCACUUUCUGAGGCAGUUUUAACACGUAUGCCAAAGCAAAUUAGACAGUUAUUUGCAAUUAUUUUGACUUUUUGUGAACCAGACAAUCCUUUGCAUCUUUGGAUUACAUACAAAGCAUUUAUGAUUGAGGACUUUAUUCACCGCUCAGUCCCGCUUAUAAUAGCUGAACAAGCUGCUCUUUGUCAAGUUGAAAAGAUUAUUAAUCAGUGUGGUAAAACGCUGGCAGAUUAUAAUCUUCCUGUUAUUGAGUUAGAUUUUAAUCUAGAUAAUCUAGAAAAUUUCAAUCAAAAUGUUCAACAAUCAAUUGAUGAAGCCAAUAGAAUGAGACCACUGCUCAAUGUCAAUCAAUUAAAUGUAUGUAAUGCUAUUCUUGCUGCAUUGAAUGAACAACCAAGUGUAGAAAAUCAGCAUUCUCGAUUGUUUUUCAUGGAUGGACCGGCUGGUAGUGGAAAAACGUUUACAUAUAAUUAUUUGAUUGCUGAAACCAGCAGUAGAGGUAUCAAAUCUGCUACAGCUGCAUGGACUGGCAUAGCAGCAACUCUUCUUACAAAUGGAUCUACAUUGCAUGGCUUAUUCAAACUUCCUGUUCCAAUAUUAGAUAACAGCACAUGUAAUGUUACUCCAAACUCUAUACAUGGACACUUUUUAAGUCAGGUUAGUUUGUUUUUGCUUGAUGAAACAUCCAUGAUACCCAAACAUGCAUUGAAUGCAAUUGAUAGGUUAUUAAAAGAUGUUUGCAACAACAACUUUCCAUUUGGAGGAAAAGUCAUUCUUUUUGGAGGCGACUUUAGACAAAUACUGCCUGUUGUGAAAAGAGGACAACCAGCUGAAGUUGUAGAAGCAUGUAUAAAAUGUUCUUUACAUUGGCAAUGGGUGCAGAAGUUUAAGUUAACAGAAAAUAUGAGAGUACAUGAUGGGGAAAGGGAAUUUUCAAAUUGGCUGUUGAGACUUGGUAGUGGAACAGUAUUUGUCAAAGAGGAAGAUCCUUUUAAAGGGUGCGUUGAAAUACCGCAUCAAUGCCUUAUUAGGGAAAAUGACUCCAUUGUUGAAAAGAUAUUUGGGGAUGCCGAACAAGACGAUUAUGCUAAACGUGUCAUUUUGACACCAACUAAUGUGGAUUCACUAUCAAUCAAUGAGGAAGUGCUUCAACGUCUACCGGGUGAGGUCAAAACUUAUUUAAGUGCUGAUCAAGUUGAGACAGACAAUCUUAAUGAAAGAAAUAACUUUCCUGUUGAGUUUUUAAAUAGCUUAACUCCCUCAGGUAUGCCUCCUCAUUCUUUAAAGUUUAAAAUUGGUUGUAUAAUUAUGUUACUUAGAAAUUUAGAUCUCAAAGCUGGGUUAUGCAAUGGCACUCGAAUGAAAGUUUGUGCUCUUCAAAAUAAUUAUAUUGAUGCAGAGGUUUUGACAGGUAUUUCUGCUGGUAAACGGGUAUUUGUACCUCGAAUUCAGUUGGCUCCGUCAGAUUCUAAUUUACCUUUUGUUCUAAAACGUCGCCAGUUUCCUGUCAGAUUGGCAUAUUCAAUGACAAUUAAUAAAAGUCAAGGUCAAACAUUUGAUAGAGUUGGUGUAUAUCUAAAGAAACCGUGUUUCACUCAUGGUCAACUUUAUGUUGCAUGUUCAAGAACUAGAGCAUUUAAUAGUUUAUUUUUUAAAAUUGAUAAACAUCCCAUUCAAGGUAUGAUAGGUGAAAAGUGUUAUACAAAUAAUGUUGUAUUUUCUAAUGUUCUUAAUUUAUAAUUAUGAGAUUUUUGUUAUAAUUUCACUUUUUUUCAUAGUUUUAUUUUAUAUUGUUUUAGUAAUUAUAUUUGUCUUUAUACAUGUUUAUAAUUGUUAUAGGUGUUAUGUAAGUGUUAUAUUUAUGUUAUGUGUUAGUUGUUAUUUAAAUUGUUCAUGUAAUACUUGGGCUAUAUGUGUUAUCAAGGUAUAUGUGUUUAGGGUUUGUGUGUAUGUGUUUAUAGUUUGUGUAUAUAUGUUUAUAUUACGUUGUUUCCAUGUUUUCAAAGUGGUGUGACUUGGCAAACGUGUCGAGCAAGAUAGUUAACCUUGCCAGCCAAGCGGUGUACUUAAAGCAGAGGUGUGACUUGGCAGCGUUUAGUGCCAAGUGGUGUUACUGCUUUGUUGUGGCUAGGUUGUGUUGUCUAGCCUUUUUUAAUUAUUCUGGAAACACGUAAUGUCUAUUAAUAUUAAGCAUCAUAUGUACAUACAAAUAUGUAAUGUGUUAAAUGUGUUAAUAUGUUUUAUAAUGUUAUAUCGUCACGAUCAUAGCACAAUUGCCUAAGUCAUUUUUUGGGGGUUUUUUGGAAGUUAAGAGUUGAAAUAUAUAUAGCUUAAACAGUCUAAUAAUGUGGCAAAUCGCCUUAAACCAAUCAGAAAGGAGUUGAUUUUUAGUUUUUUCACUUCUGCUUAAAUCCGCUUUUUUACUUAUAUCUUAUUGCUUUUGACCUAUAUUCUAUUGUGUCUCAACGGUAAUACACAUAUCAUUUCUAAAGCAAUAUAUGAAAGCAUCUAAGUAAAAAGAUGCCAAAAAUAAGCCAAAGUGACGUAGCAAAAGAAAUACCGAAGUUAUUCAUUUUUUUUUUUUUAGUUUUCUCAAAACAAGAAAAAAAUUACUUAGACGAUUGUGCUAUGAUCGUGACGAUAUGUUUAUAGUUUGUUUCUUUGUCUAUUUUAUGCAGUGGUUUCAAAGUGGUUUGACUUUGCCAUUGUAAAGAGCAAGUGUAAUGUGUACUUAUAAAUAUCUUAUGUGCUUUUGUUGUGCGUUAUCGUUGUAAUAUUGUUGUGAUGAUUUGUGUUGAUAGACAGUUGGCUUACCUUCCCGUUGGUGUCUAUCGUUAAAAAUGAUUAAUUGGUAGUUCUAUUCAUGGAGCUUACUGUUUCUAAUCAUUCACUAAAAGCCAAGACAAAACAUAUUGUUAUAAACACAAUUUGUUUAUAUUUCAAUUUGUUUUUUUUUUUUUAUCUUUAGUGUUGUGCAUAGUUCUAUUCUUUAAAACAUUUUUAAUUUGUUUUUUAAUAAAUGUUAAUUUUUUCGUCUUUAAUAAAAGCCAGCAUGAAAUAAUGUCAUUGAACAACACCAUUAAAUAUUGCUUCAUCAAAACAGCAACUGCAGUUUGCCAAAAACAGACACCAUGUGACGUAUUUAUGCGAUACAGGAGAACACAAAUAAUAAUUAUGUUUUGUUAUUAAAUAAUAAAGUUUUGUUAAAAAAAAUAUUAUUAAAUAAA